CCGCCCGGCGCGGAGGGGCCGGUCUGCGGGCGGGGCCCCGGGGGCAGCGCGGCCGCCGCGGCCGGAGGAGCCGCCCCCCGCGCCGAGGUCUGGCCGCUCGGCCCCUCCGCUGCGCUGGGCGCGGCGCGGCGCGGCGCGGCGGGGGCAUGUGGCGGGGGCUGCCGGUGCUGGCCCUGGCCGGGCUGCUGGUGCUGGGCCGGGCGCCGGCGGGGCGGGCGGCGGCCUGCGAGCCGGUGCGCAUCCCGCUGUGCAAGCCGCUGCCCUGGAACAUGACCAAGAUGCCGAACCACCUGCACCACAGCACGCAGGCCAACGCCGUGCUGGCCAUGGAGCAGUUCGAGGGGCUGCUGGGCACCAACUGCAGCCCCGACCUCCUCUUCUUCCUCUGCGCCAUGUACGCGCCCAUCUGCACCAUCGACUUCCAACACGAGCCCAUCAAGCCCUGCAAGUCUGUGUGCGAGCGCGCCCGCGCCGGCUGCGAGCCCGUCCUCAUCCGGUACCGCCACGCCUGGCCCGAGAGCCUGGCCUGCGACGAGCUCCCGCUGUACGACCGCGGCGUCUGCAUCUCCCCCGAGGCCAUCGUCACCGCCGAGGGCGCCGAUUUCCCUAUGGAUUCCAAUAAUGGCAACUGUAGAGGUGCCGGCAUCGAGCGCUGCAAAUGCAAGCCUAUAAAAGCGACCCAGAAGACCUACCUACGCAACAACUAUAACUAUGUCAUUCGGGCUAAAGUGAAGGAGGUGAAAACUAAAUGUCACGAUGUCACUGCAGUAGUGGAAGUAAAGGAGAUCCUAAAAUCUUCCCUGGUGAACAUCCCAAAGGACACUGUAAACCUUCACACGAACUCUGGCUGCCUGUGCCCACCACUCAAUGCCAACGAAGAGUACAUCAUUAUGGGCUAUGAAGAUGAGGAGCGCUCCAGGUUACUCUUGGUGGAAGGCUCCAUAGCUGAGAAAUGGAAGGAUCGUCUUGGUAAAAAAGUAAAGCGCUGGGAUCAGAAACUCCGCCACCUCGGGAAGGGAAAGGGAGAGCCUGGACUCAGCGACUCGGCUCCAAAGCCUGGCAAACCCAGCAGUGCCCGACAAGCACGUAGUUAGAUGUGGGAUGCCGUACCUUGACAUGCAGUGGACUAUCUACCAAGACUUCGUUGUUGGAGCAGCAAAGGAGAAAUUGCACUAUUGCACGUUAUAUUCUAUUGUUUACUACAAAAUAAUGUUUUAGCUUAUAUUAGUUUUUAUUCUCCCUCUUGUUUUCUGCAUUUUUUUUUUUUUGGAUUUGUGCAAGCUCUGGAAAUAUAUUUUUUUUCUCUGUUACUAAGAACUGUAGAAAACUGCCCUUAUGAGAUGGGGAAAGACAAGGACAUGUUCAAUUUACCAUUUUAUCUCCGAAUCUUCUUGAGGAGAAAAUUCAGAUGUAAGCAGGAAUGAGAUCUGGCAAAGACCAUCACUUAAAGUCAUGGCUUGCACUGGCUUCCCCUUUCACUCAUUCUCAAUCGCUGUUCACUGAAACAUUGUGCUGGGGGGAGGUUGUUAUCUGUUUCUGAGUGCAUAAUUUUUUAUUCUGAAAUAUAUAAAGAAAUGAUGUUGAGAACUGUUUUAAUCAGUACUCCUUUAAGUUUUCAUAUAAAGGAACCACUUGUGUAAGCCAGAGUCUAACUUAUUUCCUGCGACAAACGCAGUGUGCUUGUACACAGAGGACUUGAGUUUUCCAGUGCUGUGGACCUUGCAGGAGAGGUUGUAUAGUUCUGUUACCACAGGAUGUAAUUUAUAAUAUGCUUCUCUUAUAAUGGCAGUUUUUUUCCCCUUUUCUUUCUUUUCUCUGCUGAGUUGAAAGAGUAGACUGACUUUACCAGGCCUGCUUCUCAGUACAGGUCUGCACUUUAUCAUUUUGAUUUUGUGGUUUAUUCUUAAAUCUGUGCCUACAUAAACAAAUGUUCAAUGCUCAGUAAAAUAUGUCCAAUAAAAGAAUUGUAGUUACCAACA